CCCACUGAAACUAAGAGUCAUCCUCCUUCACAUCCAUAAUUUUUCUGGAAUCUCAUCAUGGAAAUCCCCAUCCAGUAUCCCUGGUACCGCCGUGCCUUCCCACACCGACUCUCUGACAUGUCCAUGACAGAACCUCUCACAGAUUGGCCAAUGAUGUGGCCUUUCUCCUGGUCCUUCCCCUGGAUGCGCCCUUCAUUCAUGCGCUGGUUGAACUGGCCCGAAAAUGGAUUCAGUGAGAUGCGCGUGGAAAAGGAUCGCUACAUCAUUUAUCUGGAUGUGAAGCAUUUCUCACCUGAUGAGCUGUGCGUCAACGUCAAUGAUGAAUUCAUCACAAUACACGGCAAACAUGAAGAAAGACAGGAUGACCAUGGCUUUGUGUCAAGAGAGUUUAUGAGGAAGUACAAGCUUCCCGCCAGCGUGUCAUGCGCUGACAUCACCUCCAGUCUGUCAUCUGAUGGUGUCCUGACAAUCACUGCACCUCGGUCAACUCCUGGACCAGAGCGCAGCAUUCCCAUAGCCAGUGAUGAUGGAACAGCGAAACAGAAAAUGUAG